AUGGCGGCGGGUGUCCUCCCUCUCCUCCCACCGCUCCCACAGCUCCAUCAUGCUGCCGUUUUGUUGGCUGUGUUCUUCCUGGUUGUGUGCGCGUGCCGCGUCGAGGCUAUCGCCACACCACCAACACCAAACAGGGCCAAGCUGGCGCAAGAUGACAGCGGCGCUGUGCACGUCAACUCGAGUGACCCAGCGACCCAGCCCGUGUUCCUGAAUGGCGUCAACGUCGUUUCGGAGAUGCAAACGCUGCGUGGAACCGUGGUGGCACAGCAGAGCAUCUUGCAGGCGUACCAGUCAACGGUUCAAGCACAGCAGAGCAUGAUCGCAGCACAGAACUGCACGCUUCAAUCCCAGCAGAGCAUGAUCGCCGCUCUUCGAGGCAGGGUGUGUGAGGCGACUGCCAGCACAUUUGGGCAGCUUGGCUUGUCUUCAUACAAGUGGCGUGGCGGGGUUUUGGCCAACAACGGUCUCAUCUAUGCGGCACCUCACAACUCACCUUCCGUCCUCAUCAUCGAUCCCAGAACCAGCACCGCUGACACAACCACAAUCUCCGGACUCGGACCGGAUCCAGCCAAGUGGGCGGGUGCCGUGCUGGCACACAACGGCCUCAUCUACAUGUUCCCAUCAAACAGGGAGACGAUGCUCAUUAUCGACCCCGACACCAAUACGGCUGACACCACAAGCAUCCACUCGCUUGGCUCGACGAACAGCAAGUGGCUGAGUGGUGUGGUGGCUGACAACAGCCUCAUCUUCGGUAUUCCAUUCGCUGCGGGCUCUGUGCUGAUCAUUGAUCCCAACACCAACACAGCCGACACCACAACAUUGGCUGGGCUGUCGACCCAGGAUGCCAAAUGGUAUGGCGGAGUGCAAGCAGACAACGGGCUGAUCUACUGCAUCCCAUUGGCCGCAUCUUCCGUCCUCAUCAUCAAUCCAGAGUCCUUCACAAUGGACCUCACAACCAUCAGUGGCUUCAGUGCAAGCGCCAAGUGUUCCACGACCACACUCGUCAUCAACCCGACCACCAACACUGCAGAAACCCUCGCCGUGCCCGAUUCCGCGGGUUCAGGAAAGUGGGUCGGCGGUGUGCUGGCACCCAACGCCAACAUUAUCGGCAUCCCACACGGCUCACCAUCAGUCCUUGUCCUCGAUCCAGCCACCAACGCAACCGACACAACAACCAGCACCAACUUUGGCGGAUCUUCCGAGUGGUUCGAUGGCGUGCUCGCUGACAAUGGCCUUGUCUAUGGCAUUCCAUACACGGCAGAUGCAGUGCUCGUCAUCGACCCCGGGUGCUGAUCUGCCCAUGCGUUCUCUCUUUUGUUGGUGACCUAAGGACCCUGCUUCUCUUCCGUUCAGCCGUUCGUGUGCGCGUUCGUUUGCUUGUUUGUUGGUCUUUUUCUGCGUGUCGUGCCGUGUGCGGAUGCGCUUUCCACCCUCGUGUUGCUUUUACUUGGUGCCACGUUUGGCACGAUUCUGUUGGAUCGCGGUUACGGCCAACACUCCCGUCCCUCGUGUGUUCUUCCGUUCACCUUGUUUCCUUCCGCUCUUCUUGCUUCUCUCCGAUCCCUCGUACUCCUUUCCGUUCCUUCCUGUUCCUUUCCGCUCCUUCCGUUCCCUGUUUUUCUCGUAUUCCCUUGUGUUCUUCGUGUCCUCCUCCACUCACUGUCGCUAUCCCAGCUCACGUUCUUCACUCACGUUGCUUUCCGUUGAUUCACGUUCAGUCACCUCACACACAUACAUAUCCACGGAGUUUGCC